UUGACGAAGAUGGUUUGUGAGAAAUGUCAAAAGAAAUUAGGAAAAGUCAUCACCCCAGAUCCAUGGAAAAGUGGUGCAAGAAAUACAACAGAAGGAGGAGGUCGUAAAGUGGGUGAAAAUAAAGCAUUAACAGCUAAGAAAAACAGAUUUUCACCUUAUGCUACAUUUGAGAAAUGUCGCAUCUGCAAGUCAUCUGUACAUCAGGCAGGAUCACAUUACUGCCAAGGAUGCGCUUAUAAGAAAGGUAUCUGUGCAAUGUGUGGAAAGAAGAUCAUAGAGACAAAGAACUAUCGCCAGACAUCAGUGUGAUGAUGAAAAUGAAGAUAUUUUGUUUAUCAAUAAGAACUAUUGCCAGACAUCAGUGUGAUGAUGAAAUAGAGAUAUUUUAUUUGUGGUCUUGACAAUAACUAUCACCAGACAUCAUUGUGAUUAUGAAAAUGAAAAUAUUUUGUUUAUCAAUAAGAAUUAUUGUCAGACAUCAGUGUCAUUGUGAAAGUGGAGAGAUCUUUUUUUUUGUAGACCAAAGAAACUUUGACUUGAUGUUUGUAGCAGACAGCAAUAAAUUGCUGCCAAAUAUCAGUGUUAUUUAGGCCAAUUUGACAACAUUUGUGAACUAUCCACUCAGACUCAUAGUUAUCACUAAUUUUUCAGACAUGAAGUAUGAAUUUAAUACGAGAUUAAUCAGUGUUUCAUGAUUAAUUGAUGUACAGGUACAAUGGUCUGAUUUAGAACCAAUAAGUUAUUUGAUGCCAUUCUCUGUUUUUACUGAUGUAGGUUAUCCAUUUCAAUCUCAGAUUAAUUUGUUAAGUUAUAGAAUACCUGUAUUAAGGUUAAUCACUUUGUAUUAAUAUAUUUUAUCUGUAGGUAUUUUAAUGGGUUUUGUACUUGUUGCACUUUUAACGAACGUGGUUAACUAAAAUAUGUCAAAGAGAGCUGGUGUGAAUGUUGCGAAAACUACUUAGUAAAUCAUAAUGAAAUCAUGGUGGUAGUCUAUAGUUGAUAAAGAGAUAGGGGCUUGUUGGGGGCUUAAGUAGAGAGUGAGUUAGCAGGCUUCAUAUGGGCUGAUUUCUUCUUAACAUCAUUUUCAAAAGAAAUGGUCAUGUUUCAUCAAAAUUAUGGUGGUACACUGUUGUCCAUUAGUUACAAAAUUGUAAAAUGAUACCAAUUCUCCUUGUCCAGAUAUGAAGUCGGAUACCAACUUUCCUGGUCCAGGGGUUGAUGUCAAUAUUGACAUUUGGAUGAUUUGUUUACAAGAACAUCUCCUCCUCCAGAAGUACAAGUAAAAUUUUAACCAAACUGAGAGGAGGUGGUCCAUUGUAUCAGAAAUUGCCUCAGAAUCUCUUUCUCAUUUGCCCUAUCAAAGUCUAAUACAAAUUACAAAUAAAAAACGAUGAGAUUGGUUGGUUUGUUUUCAAGAUCAUUCCAAACUAGAGUUCAAGUUUUAAUGAUAUUGUGUUUCAAAGGGUGAUGAACUUCAUACAGACUCUCCUUUGCUGCAAUCUCACCUCCAUUGAAACCUGAUCAGAUUGCUUCUGUGGUGAUUGAAUUGUUCUAUUGUAAUGAACAUUUCACUGUGAACACUUAGGUCAAUAUUAUUAAAUGUAUGUGUGUAAGCUGAGAAAAGCUGUGUUGAGUCAAAAUGAAAGUGGUGAAAAAAUUAUUGACCUUUGGGUUCAUUUAAAAUAUUUUAAUGAAUAAAAUUUCAAUGAUACAA